AAAAAUGUCUUCCGAUAAUGAAUGUGAAAAUGUGCGAAAUGAUGCGAAAAAACGAAAGAAAGGUGUGAAAAAUGAAGAAAACUACGUGCAAAAUGUACGCAAAAGACAAAGAAUAAGUGGAAGAGAGUACACAACACAGAAAAACAAACUUGUACAAGCAAAGACUAUUGGCGAAAAUUGCAGGUGUAAAAAGCAAUGUUUCAAUAAAACAUCUGAAGACCAGCGACAAAUGAAUUUCGAUAAACUUUACAGUAUUGAAUCGAAAAAUGGACAAGACAUUUUUUUACAAUCCCUUAUAAGUUGUACCGAGAUCGAAAGGAGAAGGCCCAGAGUUGAUGACGAACGUAGCAAGAGUAGGUUCGGAAGCUAUACAUACUAUGUUGAAGUAAAUAAAAAAACUCUUCAAGUUUGCAAAAAGGCUUUCAUGUCUAUAUUUGCAGUGAGUGCAAAGAGGAUUCGUAGAUUAUCAUACUUAAAACAAAUUGGAAAAGUACCUAAAGAUGGGCGUGGAAAAGAGGUGACGUCCCGUCGGGCCAUUGAUGGAAACCUAUGUUUGAAGAUAAGAGAACACAUUGAGUCAUUUGAUGUUAAAUCUGUUCAUUAUGGCAAUUCUGAAAAAAAGUAUCUCAGUGCUUCUCUCGACAUUAAACAAAUGCACAAAAUGUUUUUACAGAAAAAUCCAGAAUGUAACAGCAUCACAUACAGUUUCUACAGAAAAUAUUUCAAGGAAAACUUCUCGUUAAGCUUUGGAAGACCUCAAGUUGAUACUUGCUCAAAAUGUGAGGAAUUGAAUGCGAAGAUUAAAAGUAAUUUCUUAUGUGAAUCUGCAAAAAGAGUGGCUGUAGGAGAGCUUCUUGUGCACAAAACAAGAGCGAAAAAAUUCUAUAAAAAGAUAGAGCAAGUGAAGAAUGACAUCAAAAAUAAACAAAAUGCUUUUGCUAUAUGUAUAGACUAUAUGCAAAAUCUUCCUCUACCUCACAUUCCUGUUCAAGAAAUAUUUUAUUACAGACAGCUUUGGGUCAAUGAGUUUUGUGUUCAUAAUUUAAAAACAGACGCUGCUGUUUUUUACUCAUACCAUGAGGGCAUAGCUAAUAAGGGUCCAAAUGAAGUAUGUUCAUUUUUACUUCAUUAUAUGGAACAUUUCAUGCCAUCUGCAGUUGACGAAUUGCACAUAUUCUCAGACGGAUGUGCUGGCCAAAAUAAAAAUAAUACAGUAGUAAGAUUUCUUAUGGCUUUGACACAGACACAUAGAUUUCAAAAAAUUUAUCAUUACUUUCCAACCAGGGGCCAUUCUUUUCUGCCCUGCGACAGAGACUUUGGUCUUGUCAAAAGGAAGAUAAAGAGAUAUGACAGAGUGUACACCCCAGAAGAAUAUGAAAAUAUUAUAGUAGCAAGUUCAUAUUUCAGCAAAAUAUCAGUCUUUAAAGUCACUACUCAAAUGGUCAUUGACUUCAAAACGUGGUGGACCCGAUUAUAUAAAAAAAACUGUAUUUCCAUACAAUCAUUAGGUAAAAAAGUGCCUAAAGAUAAGAAAGUAAACUUUAAUGUAUCACUUUUCCAACAAUUUUACUACGAUUCCUCAAACCCAGGUGUAGUUCAAACAAGAGAAUAUAUUGAUGGCUUCUUAAAAUUUGAUUUCAAACUGGCGAUUGGGCGGGAAAAUGUUUUAUUGCCCACAGCUCAAGCUUACGGUGAUAAAGUUCCAAUUAAUAUUAAAAAAAUAGAGGAUAUUAAGAAAGUCAUGAAACAUAUUUCCACAGAAUUUUCGACUUUUUACAAUGAUAUAAUUAAUUGGCCAGCUAAGUCAUCUGAAACCCUUGAAGAAGAUGUAGAAUGAGUGUGUGAACAUUACUGUGUUGAUGAGCCAAUAAAAAUACCAUUAAUAAAUGU